AUGAGGUCAAAGAUCCCGUUCGUACCCAGAAAGAUCUUCCCAGACUAUAACAUCUCCUUAUCCAACUUCAAAGGACAUCAUAAAAAGGCCAUCACAAAACUUGGCCACCUAUCACCUCAACUAGAUUUAAUUCUCGAAGUACGAGAUUCACGAGCACCAAUUUCCACUACAAAUGUAUUAUUUGAUAAGAUACUAGGCAGGAAGAAGAAACUUAUAUUAUACAGCAAGAAAGAUCUAUCAGUCUUAAAACCAGCAGUAUUAGAUAAAUGGCAUGAAUCAAAACUUGAAGAUUAUAUGUUUAUAGAUUGUCGAAGUGAACAAGAUUCCAAAAAGAUUAUUAAAAGGCUUAAACAAAUGUAUGAUGAAAUGAUCCCACCUCCACCUUUAGGUAUGAGAUUAAUGAUCAUUGGGAUGCCAAAUGUUGGGAAAUCAACUUUGGUUAAUACAUUAAGAGAAGUUGGACUUGCUAAAGAAUUCGCUGGGGCAUUAUCAACCAAGAAAAGAAAAGUUGCCAGGACGGGAGGACAACCUGGUGUGACUAGGGCAACGAGUGAAAUGAUUCGACUUAGUAGAGAUCCAGAUGUGAUUGUGAAUGAUACUCCAGGUGUUUUCCUCCCUACGGUGAAGGAUCCUCAGACUAUGUUGUCAUUAGCGUUGGUGGGGUGUAUAAAUGAUUCAUUUCUUGAUCCGGUAAUUGUGGCUGAUUAUUUAUUAUUCGUGUUGAAUUUACAGGAUCCUACUGGAUCUAAAUAUUCCGAAUAUACGAAUCAUCCGACAAAUGAUAUAUAUGAGUUGUUGCAUAAUAUUGCCAAGCAAAGGGGAACACUUAAGCCAGACGGUCUGUAUGAUGAAUUGGGAACAGCUAACCAUUUCGUCAAUACUUGGAGACAAGGGAAGCGGAGAUUUAAUUCCAAGGUGUUAUUUGAUGUAGAAGCUAUUGAAGAGAUCAGUGCAAAGGAUGAUAACUGA